AUGCGCUGCUUUUGUCUUUAUAUUUCACUAUGGUUGUACUUCUACCAGUUUCCGGUUACACAAUCUCUGACUGACGAAAAGUGCUCUUACACGGGAACCGAUAAGUAUGGCAACACUACUACUUAUCGUUAUGCUCCAUACAACUGCUACACAAGUAUGGCAUGUGAUUGCAACUAUAUGGAAGCUCUCAACCUUUGCCGUCAAAACAAAGCAAUGCUAGCUCGUAUGUCACCUCACGAUGCGUUUGGACCCAUUUAUUUUGAACUUUUUGGUCGAAAUGGUACUUACGAUCCUUCUCAAGGAGCUUGGAUAACACGAGUAGCAUCGGGAUGUCGAUCGUUCACAAUGACAAGAAAGGAAGGAACAUUGUCCUAUCAAGAGAUGACAACUUGUGAUACAAAAUUGAAAUACGUUUUAUGUAUGAAGAGAGCUCGUAAGAACUUGUGA